UCCCCACCGGAAGCAUUUCGCGGACGGACCAUCCUCACUUCCCUUGACAACAAAAGCCUUAUUUUUAAAGCCGUAACUUGAAUUUCUGGAAUCCUUGUUAUUUUUUCUUUUUCCCGCGUGGAAAUGAAUCUUUUCUAUCCAAAUACUAAGUGCAGAAUAUUAGCUUUAUUGCUCAAGUCGUAACGCAUUUUGGCAAGAUUCUUUAGAGUAGACUCACGAAAACGAUGGCGGAGGAGGAUAAAAUGAGCGAAAUCCGAUUUCUAAAGGAGUUUGUGGAUGAAUUAUACAAGUACAGAGACUGUUACUUUGAGACUCACAGUGUGGAGGAGGCGGGAAGGAAACAACAAGAUGUCUCUCAAGAGUUGGGAAAAGUGUUGAAAAAGCUGGAGGAGAAAGAAGAAUGCUAUCGGCACAACGCGGAGUUUCUACUGCAGAAAGGCAGGUGCCUCAACGUCGCCCCGGAUUUCAGCGCCGCCGCAGAAGAUUGCCUUUCCCGAGCCGUCAAACUGGAGCCCGGCCUGGUGGAGGCGUGGAACACCCUGGGAGAGCAAUACUGGAAAAAGGGCGACCUGACGGCUGCCAAGAACUGCUUCACGGGCGCCUUGCAGCAGAGCAAGAAUAAAGUGUCUCUGCGAAAUAUGUCCAUGGUCCUGAGGCAGCUCCCGGCGACGGAUGGCGAUGCGCACGGGAAGCAGGUUCUGGAGAGCGUGGAUAUGGCCCGGCAAGCUGUCCAACUGGACGUCACCGACGGGACCUCUUGGUAUAUUCUCGGCAACGCCUACGUGUCCCUUUUCUUCUCUUGUGGACAAAAGCCGCAACUGUCCACGCAGGCUCUAAGUGCCUAUGCACAAUCAGAAAGAGUGGACCGAGCCGCCGCUUGUUACCCGGAGCUGCACUUUAACCGAGCCACCCUGUUCCAGUACGAGGAAAUGUUUGGCUCGGCGUUGAGCGGCUACAGCCGCGCGGCCGCCCUGGACCCCGGCUGGCCAGAGCCCGCCGAGAAGGAAAAGCUGCUGAUGGAGUACCUGGACAACGUCACUGAUCUCUGCCAGAAAAAGGGCAAAGUGAAAGCACGGCGUUUACGCACCAUGUUGUCCGACCUGAGUGCCUCAUCGUCUCUGGGCCCGUGCUCGUCCCCCGAAUUCCGCUCGUGGACGGGCCGCGUGGGCGCCCUGGAGCCUAGGCCGUCGUCCUCCCUGUCGCACGGCCUUAACAGCGGAGUAGCCGCCCGGGGGAAAGUGGUCUUCAGUCUGGCAUCCCGGGGUCGCAUGGCCUUUACUUUCGGCAUGGUGGACGGCGAGGAGACUUGCGUGGCGGUGAUGGUGUACAACACCGCCGACAGCUGGGGGGUCCUCAUCGGAGACACGGUGGUCAUUCCGGAGCCUCAGGUCAAAUGGCACAGCGUCACGCACAAAGACACCUCGUUUGACUUCAAGAGCAUCCGCGUGGACUCUCCUCUGUUCCUCGUAGUCAACGGCAGGACGCAAAACGCCCAGAGUGUGAUCGUCACGUCUGUCAGCUACAAACCUCAGAGCGAAUGAAGACCCGAUGCGAUUUUUUUUUUUUAUAUAUCUCGCUACUUCAUGUUCUUUGUAUUUAUUUGCACGUAUGAUGUCAUCAACUCUUGGUUAAAAAAAUAAAGUUGAAAUGAUGGGAGAGAG